AUGAUGAGCACCGCUAGCAAUUCACAACCACCGGUGACAAUAUCAUCCGAUGAAACCUUAUUGUCAUCGAAUCAAUCAACUCCAAUGCCUGCUCCACCACCACCACCACCGCCACCGCCUCCGUUAAUUCCACGUUCAGCCAUAGUCGACCAUGGAAUCAAAUCUCGUCCGGGUGGUGUUGAUCGUGAUUCAAAUAAACUAUCCACAACAAUCAAACGUUCACAAGCUAUAUCUAAUAUACAAGAUCUCGAUGAAGAUAGUCCGGUGACAUUUGAAAUCGAACCGAGUGAUCAUCAUGUACGAAAGAAAGUUCAACUACAGCAUCCGUCAAUAAGUAGUCGAACGUUGAAUGACUCGCUGUCAUCGAUUGAUAAACAGCAAAUGACAAGCAGUGGCGGAGGCGACGAAUCAGAUACGCGCUCUGAAACAAGUGAAAAAACACCUGAAUAUAUCGAAGAAGAUCGACCACUACUAUCAGGCAUUCAUGUUAAAGGAGCCACACUGAACCGGCUGAUUCGAAUUCUGAUCGAUUCAUUCGAUCCGAACGGUAUACUGAUUGAUGAGAGUGAAUAUCCGAAAGUUUUCUUUCUUAUGCACAAAUGGAUUAUGGAAUCCGAACAUUUGAGCAAUAUGCUCUAUGAUCUAUUCAAACAUAACGGAGAUGAUUAUAAAAAGGCAAUAGUUGCCCAAGAAAAGCGGCAAUUCAAAGAGUGUCAACUACGUGUUUGUCAAGCAUAUAGUUAUUGGAUAAAAAAUUUUCCCAUGCAUUUUGACCUUGAUAAACGUUUAAAAGAUGCAUGUGAAAAGAUGCAAAAUCUCAUCGAGUCUUCUGGUGAUAGUGACUGUAUGAAUCUCGUCGAUUUAUCUCAAAUACCAUCGUUUGAUUGGAUGCGGCAGAUGACGGUUCGAAAUCAAGCGAAAAACAAGACUGUAUCACUUGCGUUCAAUAACAUCGAGUCACAAACAUUAGCAGCCCAAUUGACCUAUUUAGAAUGGAAAAUCCUACGACGUAUUACAUUUACUGAUUACAAAAUCUAUGCGAUCAAAAAUACUCUCCAAGGAAAUCCGCGAUUGGAACGAUCGAUCCAGUUCUUCAAUGGUCUAUCGACAUGGAUACAGUGUAUGGUUCUAAGUAAAAUGACACCGAAACAACGAGCGGAGAUUAUACAUAAAUUUCUCGAAGUUGCUAAAUAUCUGAGAGAUUUACAAAACUUUAAUACAUGUUUGGCAGUUAUUGGCGGAAUUUCACACAGUGCAUUGGCUCGCUUGUCAAAAACAAUGAUGUGUUUAUCAACGGAAGAUAUCAAAUUUCUUAGUGAAAUGACCGAUUUGUUAUCUUCAAAUUCAAAUUAUGCACAAUAUCGAAGAAGUUUAGCCGAGUCUGAAGGUUUCAAAAUACCGAUUAUCGGUGUUCAUUUGAAAGAUAUUAUUUCCCUUCAUGUUGCCUUACAAGAUCGUUUUGAAUAUGAUCUAAUCAAUUUUCGUAAAUUAGUUCAACUAAGUAUUGUCUUUCGUACGUUAACCAAUCUACAAGUAUCUAUUCCGCCGAUUCAGCCCAAUCAUGAUUUAAUAAACUUACUUACGCUUUCAGUCGAUUUAAGUUAUACAGAAGAUGAAAUUUAUGAACUUUCAUUAGCACGAGAACCUCGCUCAUCCGUUUCAUCCCCGGAUCAAGUAUCUCGAGGCUUGUCUCCUGGCGAGUCAGCAAAUGAUUCUGCUGAUGUACUGAAGAAAAAGGAACAAGUUCAAAGUCCCGUAUUUGCUGACUGGGCUGCUGGUGUAAGUCAGACUAUUGACAUUCAAACAAUUCAGCGCCAUGUUAAUGCUAUGGUCGAAGCCGUUUUUACUACUUAUGAUCAUGAUCGCGACGGCUAUAUAUCUCAUACUGAAUUCGAAGAAAUCGCCCAAAACUUUCCAUUUAUUGACACGUUCACUGUACUCGACGCUGAUCAAGACGGAAUGAUAUCGAAAACCGAGAUGCGCUCGUACUUCAUUCGAGCUAAAUAUCAUGAUUUAAAAGGUGAAUUUAAACAUGAUUUCCACGAAACAACUUAUUUUAAACCAACAUUUUGCGUUCACUGUACUGGCCUAUUGUGGGGGUUGAUUAAACAAGGUUGGAAAUGUAAAGAUUGUGGAAUUAAUGCUCAUCGGCAUUGUAAAGAUCAAGUAGUUAUGGAAUGCCGUCAAAAGCGACAACAUCCAGUAAAUAAACAAGGUUCAGUCACGGAUUCGCGACCUGGUCGAAACUCGUUUCGCAUACGAAAAACUCGUAAACAGAAAGCAACUCAAACCGAAGAUAUCAACUUUUCCUCGUCGUCAUCAUCGGGCACGUCUGAGAGUUGCACAAGUUCAUCUGAAGAUGAACAACCUCAUUUACACCCAGAAAUUCUUGAUAAAUCUGCACCUCAUAAUCGGUGGCAUUUACGUAAACCCUCUUCCUUGAAACGACGAAAACAGAUUCUUUCCGAUUCCAACGACGAUUAUUAUUACACCCAUCCACCUUCACCACAGCAAGCAAGCUCACUAACAACUAUCACGACAGUCAACAGUGCGACAUCAACAAGUACAAUACCGAUCCAGCAGUUAAUUCCACGCGGCCCAUUGAUUUGUUCUGACAGUUUCGAAAAAUGGAACGAGCGAAGCUUUACUUGGAAUCGCCCCGCUCCAUCAUCAACAUUAACCUCAACAAUACCGAACACUUCGACGGCAACAUCCGAGCCAUCGACCAUUAAAACCAAUACGGAUGAUAAAUCUCUUCAGCAACCUCCCUACAGUCAAGAUUCGUUUCUUGAAGGUGAUGUUAGUGAUGAUGAUACUUGUUUCACUUCCAAUACAAACUCGUCGACGUUACCACAGACGAAAACGUCAACCAAUUAUGGUAGUAGUCAAAAUCUAAAUCCAAGAAAAGUCUCAUUGACCGAAUCACUACGAUCAUUACCAACAACAACCGAUCCGACACAGUACGAAAUCUUCGAACGUUUGAGACAAGCUGAAGAAGAAAAGAAACGUCUCGAAGAUGAGAAUCGAGCCAUGAAACAAGAACUCGUUCGAACCAAAUCCAAAAUCAGUUCCUUAAAACGUGAAAUGAGUUCAAUUCAACAACUACAUUUAGCCCAACAACAAGUGCACGUUCAACUAUCCGCACCGUCAUCAAUAACUCCUCGACAAGAACAUUAUCAUCAACGCUUAUGCCCAGCCAACCAUCCACCAACAUCGUCAUCAUCGGCAAUCUACCUUUAUACAAAAGAUAUUCCCGAUCAAAAUCGUUACCAUCCGAUGACAAUUAAUAUGAAUGAUCUUUCCAUAUCCAGUAAUGAUGAAUCGGCAUCUCCUACAACAUUUUCUCCUAAUCCUGAUGUUAAUCCAUCAUCAUCAACUCAAACAGUUUCCUUCUCAUCUGUUGAACAUUCAACGAGUUUAGCACCUUCUUCGACACAGAUUCAAUCUUCAAAAUCACCAUCGGAUGAACAACUACGACUAUAUCUGACAGAGACGAUACAACAACGAGAAAAGGAUAGCGAUGCUUGA